UUCCUACCUCGGCGCGUUCGGAGGCACAGAAGGUCUGGGGCUCCCGGAUUUUGAGCCCUGCGCAGCUCAGGGGAUCUAAUCCUCCUAAACAUAAUCUUAAGGGGGCGGGGCCGUCUCGCAGGUGUAGCCAGUGCGCGUGCGCGGAGAGGCGCACCGCCUCGGCCGCCGUAGUUCGCCUUCCCACGUGGGUGCCUCGUAGUCAUGGCGGCUUUUCGGAAGCCAGUGCUGCUCGGACUUCGAGACACUGCAGUGCGCGGCCGCCCCACGGGGCCGGGCGCCUGGACUGCUAGCAAGCUGGGCGGCCUUCCGGACGCCCUGCCGGCGGUAGCAGCGCCGAGGCCAGUGUGUGAACGUUGCAGGCAGCCUCUUGCCCUGGUCGUGCAGGUGUACUGUCCGCUGGAAGGCUCCCCGUUUCACCGGCUACUGCACGUGUUCGCUUGCCCCUUCCCCAGGUGCGGCCGCGGCGGGACGCGCAGCUGGAAGGUGUUUCGUUCCCAGUGCCUGCAGAUGCGAGAGAGGGAGGCGCAGGACGCUCAGAAACAGGAAAAUGGCCUUGCCGCAGAGGAUUGGUGUGAAGGUGCAGGUGACUGGGGAAGUGACAGUGAGGAGGCGCCGCCACCACAGCUUACCUUGGAUUUUGGAAAUGAUUCCAGUAGUGCCAGAGACAUAGACUGUACUGCCCAGCUGCAAGAUCUCCACCUGCAGGAUGCUGUCCCGGGUGCUGCUUCUCCUGUUUCUCCUGGGGAGGAGAUGGCCUUGCCUUCUGAGGUGCCACAGUUCCUGCCAUAUUACAUCUGUGUUGUGGAUGAGGAGGAUUACAGGGACUUCGUCAGCCUAGAGCACGCUCAUAGCCUUCUGAGGGAGUAUCAACAGAAAGAAGGAAUGGAUAUGGAACAGUUGCUUUCCCAAAGUCUUCCUAGUGAUGGUGAUGAAAAAUAUGAGAAGACCACAAUUAAAAGUGGAGAUAAGAUAUUUUACAAAUUCAUGAAGAGAAUUGCUGCUUGUCAGGAGCAGAUUUUGAGUGUUGCUUUAGUGAUUAUAAUGUGCAUCUUGGACUUCCUGCAGUCUGCCUUCACACAGUAUUCCUGGAGUGGAGAACCACUUUUUUUGACCUGCCCUACAUCAGAAGUCACUGAGCUCCCAGCCUGCAGCCACUGUGGAGUCCAAAGGACAUUUGAGUUUCAGCUUAUGCCAGCACUGGUCAGCAUGCUCAGAAGCACUAAUUUAGGCUCCAUGCACAGCACGGAGCCCAACAUGGGGCUCGAGUUCAAAACUGAGCUGAAGGCCUGAGCUGAGAUCAAGAGUUGGACACUCAACCGACUGAGCCACCUAGGCACCCCACAUUCAACUCUUGAUCUCGGGGUUGUGAGUUUGAGCCCCAUGUUGGGUGUAGUGUCUACUUAGAAAAUAAAUUCCUUGUAGAAUGAGUUAGUGAUCAUUCCCUUCUCUUUAGUUUUUUGGUGGAGUUUAGGAAGGAUUGGUGUUCUUUGUUAUUUUUUUUUUUUUUUAAAGAUUUUAUUUAUUUAUUCAUGAGAGAGAGAGAGACAGAGGCAGAGGGAGAAGCAGGCUCCCCGCGGAGCAGGGAGCCCGAUGCGGGACUCGAUCCCAGAACCCUGGGAUCAUGACCUGAGCCGAAGGCAGACGCUUAACCAACUGAGCCACCCAGGCGUCCCAGGAUUGGUGUUCUUUGAAUGUUUUGUCAUAUUCACUAGUUAAACCAUCUAGUUCUUGGCUUUUGUGUUGUUGGGUGAUUUUUGAUUACUGGUUCAAUCUCCUUACUAGUUACAGGUCUGUUCAAAUUUUCUAUUUCUUGAGUCAGUUUUGGUAGAUUGCAUGUUUUGGUAGUUUGUCCAUUUCAUUUAGGUUAUCUGAUUUAUUGCUAUACAACUUAUAAUACUUUUUUUUCUAUAAAAUUAGUAGUAAUGUCCCUACUUUAUUUUUGAUUUUGGUGAUUUGAGUCUUCUCUCUUUUUUUUCUUAGUCAUUCCAGGUAAAGAUUUGUUGACUUUCUAGAUUUUUCUCUAUUGUUUUAUAGUCUGCAUUUUUAAAAUCUCUAUCUUUUAUUUUUUCUUCUGCUAGCUUUGGUUGGUUGGUGGUCUUUUCUAAUUCCUCAAGGUAUACAGUUAGGUCAUUGAUUUGAGAUCUUUGUCCUUUUUUUUUUUUUUAAGUUUUAUUUAUUAGUUUGAGAAAUAGUGAGCAAGUAAGGGGAAGGGCAAAGGGAAAGUGAGAAUCCUGAAGCAGACUCCCCAUUGAGCUCAGAACCCCACACAGGGCUUGAUCCCAGGACCCUGAGAUCAUGACCUGAGCUGAAAUUAAGAGUAGGCACUUAACCAACUGAGCCACCCAGGCACCCCUCUUUGUUUUUAAUGUAUGUGUUUGUGCUUCUAAUUUUCCACUUAGCACUGCUUUUACUACAUCUGAUAAGAUUUGGUAUGUCGUGUUUUUGUUUUCAUUUGUCUCAAAUAAAUAUUGUCUAAUUGCCCUUAAUGAUUUCUUCUUUGACCUCUUGGUUAUUUAAAAGUGUUUUAUUUAAUUUCCACAUAUUUGUGAAUUUUCCAGUUUUAUUACUUAUUUCUAGUUUCAUAUCAUUGUGAUUAGAAAAGAUAACUUUGUGUGAUUUCAAUCUUUCUAAUUUAUUGAGACUUACUUUGUGGCCUAACAUAUGGUAUAUCCCAGAGAAUAUUCUACGUGCACUUGAAAAGAAUGUGUUUACUGCUGUAGUUGAGUGGAGUGUUCUGUAUGUGCCUGUUCUUUUUUGGGGGGGGGGGCAUGUGCCUGUUAGUGGUAAUUGAUUUAUAGCCUUGUCAAAACCUUUGUUUCUUUAUUGAUCUUAUGUUUGGUUGUUUCAUCCAUUACUAUAAGUAGGGUAUUGAAGUCAACUAUUAUUGUAGCACUAUUUUUCCCUUCAAUUCUGUCAGUUUUUGCUUCAUACAUUUUGGGCCUCUUCAUAUAGAAGUAUAUAUGUUUAUAAUU